GAGCUCCUACAGCUGACUCAUGGAAAGCAGUGGAUCAACCAGCCAAUCAUGACGCAGGAGUCAGAUCCCAGGAGGGACCGUAAAAUGGAUUUGUCUUCCACGAAGCUGAAGCCGUCAGCUCUCAUACCGAUGAAGGAUUGGGAAGAGCGGCAGCAAAAAAAUAUGCAUCGACAAAUGCUGAUGAAGGCCAAACCUGCAGUCGAUAGCAAGGGCCCCGAAACACUGCCGCUUAUUAGAGGCAUUCGGACGAAAGUCCAGGAUUCGACCUCCACGAAGCUGAAGCCGUCAGCUCUCUUACCGAUGAAGGAUUGGGAAGAGCGGCAACAAAAAAAUAUGCAUCGACAAAUGCUGAUGAAGGCCAAAGCUGCGGUCGAUACCAAAGGCCCCGAAACACUGCCGCAUAUUACAGGCAAUCGGAAGAAAGUCCAGUUGCAGAAAGAAAGGAAGAUCUCUCUCGAAAACCAGCAGAACGAACAGCGAAUCCGGAUGCUGGAGUCAGAUUUCAGGAGGGAACGCUGGGAAGCUGAGUGGGAACAGGUCCAGCAAUGGAGAGACCACUGCAGACGGUUUCCCCGAGGAGAGACCAACAAACAGGUUCUGAAGCCGUCUGCUCUCUUACCGAUGAGGGAAUGGGAAGAGCGGCAACAAAAAAAUAUGCAUCGACAAAUGCUGAUGAAGGCCAAACCUGCGGUCGACGCCAAGGGCCCCGAAACACUGCCGCUUAUUAGAGGCAUUCGGACGAAAGUCCAGUAGGAAGGAAGCGCCGGACAUCGAACAGGCACAGAAAAACUCUGAAGAUGUCAAGUCACAUUUAUUGGCAAAACCCAGGAUCUAAAUAGUCUACUGAACACACUAUGCAGUUUUCCAUUUUUUUGUCAAACAGUAUUUGUAUUUAAUGUUACUGUCUGUCUGACAUUAUUAUUACCUGUUCAGUAGGAAGGAAGCGCCGGACAUCGAACAGGCACAGAAAAACUCUGAAGAUGUCAAGUCACAUUCAUUGGGAA